CACUCAUUGCCUUUGGGAUUGCAGGCAAUGGAUCCUGCCUCCUGCUCCACUUCAUGAGAGAACGCUCGCCGCUCGACUGGCUGCGCAUUUGGGCUUUGAGACGAGCACCGCGCCCGGAAACUCCAAUGGUCUCCUCGUUAGUCGGAUAGGCCGCACAAUGCCGUCCGAGAGGCUGAUGCAACUCGCAAGACCGCCAUCCCCAUCUGAGCCUGUCAAAUUGCUCUCCCGACCUUCACCUCAGCCGCAUGCUCCGGCUCCCUCGGCUUUGAGUGCUCCCGUGCCAAGCCGCGACGUGUCUCGAGCCUCGCCUACAAGUCCUUCCGCAUCUAGCAGUGGCACAGCACCCUCAUCACAGCCAUCCGGUAGCGGCACCGCAGCCCGCACUAUGCGGAUCAUGAAACGUGCGCCUGGCGCUGGAAACGGCAGAGACGCGUCCUCAAGACAAAGUGCGAGGCCGGCGCCAACGAUUGGUGAACGAGAAAAGGCAUACAAAGAAGCUAGAGAGCGCAUCUUUGGUCCUGCGGCUUCCUCGUCAGCUCCUGAGUCUGUUUCGGUAUCACGCACGGACAGCCCUGCUAGUGCUGCGCACGAUGAGCUCACUCCAGAUCCCUCGAGCAAGGAAGCUGCACCGCCAAGUGUGACGAACAAUGAUCGGCAGUCCAGCACGUAUUCGGACGGCGAUGCGCGGCCUAUGAACAAUUCGACGCCGAGUCUACGCUCCACUGCGCCCGCCUUUGCACCCGCAAGUGUGACAGCAUGGAGCGCUCAGACAACUUCUUUCUUGCCGGGAAUGCCGGCUGGAGGCAUGACGGCCCAACCUGGCGGCUCAGUAUCGAUGUCACAGAAGAGCAGUCAGGAUGCAUUCAAUCCGUUUCCGCCUUCGAGAGGCUCAGCUAGCACUGCUGGGAGCUCAGCGGGUGGCGAGGAAUCCAGCGAUCGAGAUACUCAAGCAUCUACGGUUGAUGGGGUCGAUGCACGGGACUUGGGUCGAUGGGACUACGUGCCCGGUGGAAAAGGGGAAUAUGUUGUUCGGCCUAGAUCAGAGCAGGCAGGUCCGGGCACUCCUCCAUCAUCUGGUUCGCCCACUGCCCGCUUCAACACAAGCUCUAAGACCCCUGGGCCCCACCAUGGCGAGCGACCCGAAAGCAACCACGCAGCUCGUGCGCCCUUUGCACCUGGUUCCGCUCGUGUGAUUCAACCAAAUCAGCAAGCACAAAUACCAGAUCAGAGCUCAGCUUUCUACCAGUACCCUCAGUACGCGGGAUAUGGCGCCGACCCCCAUUCCUUCUUUCAGAUGCAGUACGGUUCCCAGCAGUUGCAGCCAAUGUACUACGGACAGCAAGGACAGCAAGUGAUGUAUCCACAAGCCAAUUAUGGAUACAUGCAGUCAGGCUUGCAGCAGUGGCAUCAGCCAGUGGCUCAAAGUUCGCCUGAUCAGAGUGGCGGGUCGAGCUAUCCGCCAUUCACCGCCCAAAACCAGGCACAUUAUCCGGCUCAGCACUUCCAAAAUGCCUCGCCUUUGCCGACCGCUAGGCCUGCGGUGGCGCAAGGUGAUGACGUCGCAGUUGCGGUGCCGAGUGAUGGUGCUGCGCAGCCUUCACGGCUGGACAAGACGGGCGUUAGUAGAGGAAGGGUGCGCGGAUUGGGGGAAAGGGCUUUAUACGACCCAGCAGCUGGGAUGGUCACGCGGACAGCUAGUGACGGUCGACCUUCCAUGACACCAUCGGCUUCCGCGUCAUCGUCGUCAUCCCUUGCCUCGUCUCGAUCUUCUAGCGGCCCCGCUGGACUCGGCCGUAAGAUUGGCAACGCAACGCAUUUGCACCAUUCUCUGCCCCCCAAACCGGACUGGAUCUCCGGCACGACGCCCUCGCACUCAAUUGCGGUCCCGGAACCGACGCCACCAGAAAAGUCGACUAGCCCUAAGAUCGAAUCCCAACAGACGCUGGAAGCGUCGAUUUCCCAGUUCAAAGACCUCUCUCUGGGCGGAGAGUUUGACGGUAACAGCGACGCAGCACCAUUGGCACGUACGAGAGAAGCGACCGUGACGCAGGGCUUGGCUCUAUCCCCAUCAAAGUCGCGAGAAGCAGAAUUUCCCGCAUUGCCGUUCAACGGAACUGCCGCAUCGGCCUUGCCGAAAUCUUCUACUUGGGCAGCUAAAUCUUCCGCGCACAAGGCCUUCCCCCAGGGUGCGGAGAAAGCCAAUGAUGGCGCCGAAAGGCAAGAGAACGCCGCGAAUAUAUAAAUGUGCGCUGCUUGAAGCGCAAUCCGAAAGACCUGGCAUCGAUUCUCGAUUGUGGAACAGCGACAGGGAAAGGACCGAGUGCC